ACAUUGUCAAACAACUGUCAUUCGUACGAACUGCGAAGGUCUUAAACGUCAGCUUUGUUUUGUGUUUUCCUCAUUCUAUCUAAAAUAAUAAUUCACACCAUUCAUCUGAGUACAAAAUACAAUAUUUUGCAAUUGAGAUAAAUUCGUGAUUGCUUAAAUUAAUGUGAUGGCUCUGACGAACGUGCUGCUGCUGAGCCAAAUAGCGGGCUACCUGGUGGGGUUCAUACUGUCACUAUGUAUGAUAGUACCUAUGAGCUUACAUCAAGAGGAAUUCAAUGGUCACUGUCUGCUGUUCUCCCACGGUGAGUGGCAGGAGAAUGGUCAGCUGCUGGUAUCUUGGGCACCAAGAGCUUACUGCGACUAUGUCAUAGUAGUCGGAGUUCUCAUUUUCCUUGUAUGCUGCGUUCAGAUCUACAGGUUGUCUAUGUUCAUGUACAAGGGCAUAGACAGUUCAUUCCUGUCAGCAUUUCUAGAAGCAGUGGGUUGUAUUCUACUCUGUGGUCUGGCAGUAUCUGCUGCUGUGAUGGUUACGCUUGGCUUUAUGACAUGGUGUCAGAAUAUUGUUGAGAGGUUCCCAAGUUGUGAAUAUGCGGCCGGUCAGAUCAUAGACAUCAAAGAUAACAUUACAACGAGUGGCUUUUAUAUAGAAAUUGGCUCAGCACAGUUCGGAUCAUGGGCCACAUUUGCAACUUGGGUGGGACUGGCAGUAUUCUCAACAAUCAAAGUGUGUCGGUAUCAUCAACUAGAGAACAUCCAGGUAUCCAUGUACCGUGAGAGACAGCGACUGGUAAACGAAAGUGGCUCCCCAACUACACAAGAUGGUCGCUCCACACCACCCAUUGACAUAGCUCAAUAGAUUAGAACAUUGUGAUGUAUCAGAAACUCAAUAUUCAAAAGGAGUAUUAUCUAAGAAUUGUAUAUUUAUUGAACAAUCUUUGGAAAUAAUUACCAAGCUAAAUUUGAGCUAGAUUUGAGCAUCAGAUAAUAAUUAUUAAAGCAAGAUUGUUGUUAAAUUAUUCUGCCGUAGAAUAAUGCCCAUUAACAUUGAGCUUUGUAUCUGUCUCAGUUACAACAGGUGCGGUCACAAGGCUGAUUAUGAACUGAUUGUUAUUGAUAGAAUGAGGUAGGCUAGUGAGGCAAAUUGUGGGAGGAUUACAGAUAACUGUCGAAAAUUAAAACUGUUAAUUUGGUUAAUUAUGUAAAUGAAAAUAAAAAGAUUAUUUAUAAAUGAAAGGAAAAUAAAUAUUUCAUCCAUCCAUAGAAUAUAAUAACAUCAACAUAAAAACAGCUACUGAAUAAAAUGAAUACUCCUGAAUGAAUUUUAAUUCAGUAACCAUUUAUACAACAUGUAACUUAAAUAACGCACAUCCCGAAAAUAGUUUGUUCAGAA